AGUAUGGGUGGGACCUCUCAACAUCAGGGAAGUGGGGCGUUUUACAAUGCGGAGGCAAAACAAGUGAAUUGUUUUAAUGAAAGCCUCUCUAAGAAAUGAGUCACACCGCGGUCACUUCCUGGUUGGUCGGUAGUAACGCUAAAGCUGGUUGACUUGAGUGUUAACUAAGUGUUUGUUGGAGUCUCGGAGAUCGCGUUACGGCGAGGAGGGGAGGGGUACGUUAAGUAUUAACGUAAAGUUACGACAUCCACCUGAGCUUCCUGAACCGAAGAGACGCUCGCUCACUCAAACCUACAGCAGCGGAGGACAACGAAAGGUAGACCGGAGUCCAGCGAAAGGCUCAGAAACAGCCCGGCGUAGUAAACUCCGUACUAUAAACCACCCGGACUCACUUUUGGUUGAGUUUCCGCGGGCUUCUGGCGAUGUCUCUCGCCGCCGCGAGCGCGCAGUGGUUCCCCACCAGCGUCCAGGUAACGGUCCACCAGGCUCGGAACCUGCGUGCCAAGGGGAAGAAUGGCACCAACGACGCCUACGCCAUCAUGCAGGUGGCCAAGGACAAGUUCUCCACCACCGUGUCCGAGAAAAGCGUCGAGCCGGUGUGGAAGGAAGAGGCGUCGUUCGACCUGCCGCUCUUCCACCCGGGCAACGGGGACCGGUGUACGCUGUACGUCAUCGCGAUGCACCGCGCUCAUGUGGGCCUCGACAAGUUCCUGGGCCAAGCCGUGGUCCACCUGCUGGACCUGCACGAAGACCACGCUCGCAAAAAGACUGCUUGGUUCAAGCUUGUGGACAAGAGUGGAAAACAGGACAAGGAGCGAGGCGAGGUGCUGCUAGAUAUCCAAUUCAUGAGAAACAACAUGUCAGCCAGCAUGUUGGAUCUUUCCAUGCAGGACAAACCGCGCUCCCGCAUCUCCAAGCUGAAGGACAAAGUCCGUGGGAAGAAAAAGGACGGCUUCUCUGACUCCGCUUCAGCCAUCGUUCCCUCCAGCACGGUGCUCACGGACAGCGAGGGAGAGGCCGACACGCAGUCACUCAACCAGUCCGGAGGCGUGAAGAAGAAAUCCAAGCUCAAAACCCUCUUUGCUCCAAAAUCAAACCUGCAGCGUAACGUCUCGCAGUCCAUGUCCACGCUGGGGACCCUUCCAGAGAAGAAUUCAUCUCUCAGUGGCAGCCGCUCAUCUGGCCUCAACGCGGACUCUCCCGACGUUAAAAAGAAAUUCAAGUUCCUUGGACACAAGCGGACGGGCAGCUCUGACAGCAAGCAGUCUCUGGGCACCUUCUCCCUCUUGGGUCGCUCCAAGCAGAGCAACAGUGACCAGAACAACAUGUGCGUCAACGGCGCCCACGUCUACGCCGAGGAGACGGAUCCCCACAGCGGAUCUACCCUCAGUCUAAAUAGCUCAGGCAAAGGAUCCGUGGAGGACGUCCGCAAGCAAGUCUCCGUAGACCCCUUUGUGAGUGCACCCGUUCCCUCCAACAGGCGUGGGUCUACAGGCAGGGCUGCGCUGGAGCAACAGCGCCACCAAGAGCAGCAGGAGGAGGAGAAAAGGCAGGCGGAAGAGAGGAGCACAGCGGAGGCCAAGAGGCUGCAGGAGGAAGAAGAGCGCAGACAACAAGUGGAACAGGAGAGGAAGAGGCGCUCCCUAGAAGAUGAGUUGAGGAGAAAGAAGCAGAAAGAGGAGGAGGAAGAGGAGGCGGCGGCGGCGGCAGAGCGGCGGCGGCUCGAGGAGGUGAAACAACAACAACAACAACAGGAGGAGGCCUCCAUGAGCGACAGGCUGUCGUCUCUGUUUGGAAUAAUCCGAAAGAAGGAGGAGAAAAAAGAGGAGCCGCCCACGGCAACUCCUCGCAUCAACCCAGGAGAUCCUGAUAAACCGAUCAGCACUCCGUUUGAGGACAUUCAUAUUGGCAUUGACAAUGGAAGACCAGCUGAUUACCAGAAAUCCAGCAGCAACCAGCAACCCCCCUCGGCCACGCACUUCCUCAACCGCACUGCUAAAGUGUCUGCAGUCAAACCCAGAUAUGCUCCAUCUCUGGAGUCCGAUCCUGCUGACUGCCAAACCCCCCCCAGUCAGCCGUGUCCUUCCCCAGCCACCUCUGAAUCCACCCUCUCUAGUGUCCCGUCUCAAUCCCCCGACACUUUCUCCAGUCUCCACUCAUACUUGUCUCCGAAAAACCUAAGUCAAAGCCUGUCCGGUUCUCCUCGCGGCAGCGUAGAGGAUUUGUCUCCAGGAUUGGAACAAUCUUCACUGAUGGCGGAUAAGCAAAGAAGAGCCCCUGUGCCACAGUUGUACAGAGCACAUGGGGCCCAAAAUGCCAGAAAACCUGCUUCUGUUGGAGAGAUCGUGAACCCUUCAUAUGUAGAGCGAGACGAACCAGGCCGGAAUAUGUCUCUACCACUUCCUGAUUAUAACACCCUAUUUCCUCAAAAGAGGCACGGAGUGCAAGGGCACACCAGGUGGGACCAUAUAAUCGCUGAAGUCAAUCAGAAGCACAGUGACUUUUCGGAGAUGAAUGUGGACGGCCCGGAGGAGGAUGAACUCCGUGUUACGGUUCCACUCCCACAGGAGAGUGCUGCUAUGAGGCAUUAUCAAACACAAUCUCAGCCGACCAAACCCGUUUCACCCAAAAAAGUCGCAGCCCCAACUCCCCCUAAAUUAGUCGCGCCCCCGGACCCUCAAUCUGUGGCAGAUUCCAUUCAAACACACAGCCAGAAUACUGCCGAGCAAUCUUUCACCAGGCCCAAUCUGCCAGCAGCCUCGGCACCUGUGAGCACGAGCAGAGAGAGUCUCCCGCCGAUAUCCAGGGACGCACCGAGGAGGGCGUUGCUUCCAUCAGCCGGAGCAAUGCGUUCGCCCAGAUCAGCUAGCCAGAUGGACUCGGGAACAGCGACCCCGGGCGAUGAAAGGGAAGUCAAAGUCUCCGUGGACAAAAAGGCUCCCACGGCCAAAGCCAGGCAGAGGGCGAGUGGCAAGGAGCCAGUGCAGCAAGAAGACUGGGCUGUGACGCCAGUCGUCUCAGGCAAAUAUAUGGACAAUGGUUCAGGUAUGAGGGGCAAGGUGGAGUUUGACCCGUUCCCCAGUACUGAGCUUCUCUCCAAAGACCCGUGGGCACAGCCGAAGACCAACCAAGAGGCAGAUCCCUUUACUACCGGCAGGUUACAAAAAGAGCACAAAGUAGAAGAUUGGCUAAUGAAUCCAGCCAACCAUGAUGACAUUUUCAGUCACGAGAAACAGCCCGACGCAUUUGCUGAAUCAGAUCAGGUCAGUCCAGUUUUCCAAAGAAGGAAUUCACAGAGACAAAAACAAAGUCUUCCUUCCACAACUUAUACUGAAGAUAAUACUUAUACGUCUCGGAAAGAGCCCGGACUUAAAGAGGAAACGACCGUGACCACGGCUCCUGAAGUCCUCUCCGCGAGAGGCGCCAGGAAUAGGGCCAUCGCAGCGACGCCCUCAGCUGAUGAGAGAACAGAAAAUGACUUUAAUGGAAGCAAAGAUCCCUUUGGAGCGGAACCCUUUAGCUCUACGCUGACGUCCUCAGAACCCCUCAAUGUGGUCUUGGAGGAAGUGGAGCCAGCAUCUCCUUCAGAAGGUUUGUCCGGGGGAAAGGCGCCUUUGCGGGCAUGGGUCUCACCCUCGGAUGUUCAGCCGGUCAGUGCUCAGAGUAGCAAUGGAGGCGGGCUAGCCUUAACUCAACGCAGGCCUCAUCCAGUGAAGCCCAUGAGCUCAGAGAGCCAGCAUCCAAUCAGCACCGCCGCUGUGAAAGAGACAAAGGUCCGUGAGAGCACACCAAGGAAGGUUCAGGUAGCGAACGGAUCGGUGGACAGCGGCCCGUUCAGCCAGCUGACGCAGGAGGAGUUGAUCACGCUGGUGGUGAGGCAGCAAGCCGACCUGUCCAAGAAGGACUCGAAGAUCGUUGAGCUGGAGGAGUACAUCGACAACCUGCUGGUACGCGUCAUAGACGAGCAGCCCGCCAUCCUGCAAUCCCUCAACUCAGGCAAACCGGUGUGAGGUAACGCCCGCUGGCGCAGUGGCGCUUGUUGUGCGUUUGUACCGUUGUCACUGUGUGCUGAGAGAUACAAUUUCAAUGCGGGUCUUAAGAGCAUGAGCACUUUCUUAGUUUCAGCGGGAAAUUGUAAUGACAUUUAGUAACUAAUUGGGAUGUACAGAUCCAACUUUUUCAGUCCCGAUACCCGGGCUUGUGUUGGCUCACUACAAUUGUUAAACUAAUCAGCUGCCUCACUGUGAGGAGGUGACGGAGAUUAUUCUUUUAUGUGUGAAGCAACACUGGGCUUGACUUAACAUGGCUUUCCUGAAUACAUCCAUAUAAUUGUAGUGAAUUGCUAUUUAUUAAACUAAUGGUACCCAAUAUCAGGCCUGUUGUCACAGAUACCAGAUCCUUUAAUAACAAGUAAGUAUAAAACAGCUUUGUAUGAACGAACAAAUGUAUUUGUUUUGACACUAAUGGUACUGGAAUUUAAAAAUAAUUGUCACUAUAUAAUCUAUACAAAUUUUUUUUUUUGGCCUUUUUGACUUGUGAAACAGGGCUUGGAGUAAUUUAUUUAAGUGCAAUGACUGGUGAUGUACGUAGCUUUAAACAAGCAUCCAAAAAUUAGUAAAUUAAUUCAAAAUUAAUUAUCUGCUUGUUUUUAUAAUUUCGGGCACAUUCACUUUUACCACUGAAAUAUUUUCACUGAAUCAUUGAAUUUCUUUUUGUCUUUGUUGAACCUUUUGAUUUGCAUGUUAUGUUUUUUUAACCAAUCAUUCCUAUAUCGUUUAACUCGCCAGAGCUGGUUGUCCAGUCCUGUUUUUUCGGUUCUUUAGAAAACCAGCAAUAAAAGAAAAAGAGCAAGCAGCUGCGAUGUAUCGUGCAUAGAUAAGAUGUGCACCAGCAGGUAUAGCGCUUUUUUAAAAUUUUCUCUUAUGUGAUUAAGAUGAAGCCUAUGCACAUUGUUUUACAAUAUUAUGCAAGUAAUAGUGCAGAAUCAAACUACUCUAAUAAUAAUGUGAGAUUUUGAGCACUGUGGUCUUGUAUUUGUUACGUGAAAACCAAGAGAGAAACAAAUAAUCAAGGAAACCACAAUCAACCAUGUAUCAAGUAUAAGCAACCAGCCUUGUCUUUGUAAUUGAAUUACACUAAUACGUAAACAUUUAUGUCACUUAUAUGACUAUUUUAUUUUUUGGCAGCCAUUCUAGCAAUAUUAAUGUUGAGACUGUCAACCUGUGCCUUCAAAACGUUGUGUGUCUGAUUUUGAUGGAUGGAGAGUUGUUGGUUCUUCUUGUACCGGAGUGAGAGCGCAAAGAACGCACAGAAUGAUGCAAUACUACGCAAUAAUACUACAGUUCUGAAUGAAGUGACUGUGCAAAAUGUAGUUUUAUUUUAAAUAAAGACACUAAUUAUUUCACCA